UUGAAAUGUAUUUUGCUGUAAAGCAGGUAAUGCUGACAUAGUGAGCUUCCUAUAUCACUGUUAGAAUUUAUGGCUAAAGUGGGUACUUCAGCACAACGGCAAACCUUGAUAACACAUUCACAGGCUCUGCAUUGACGUCACAAUGACACAGUGAAGCCAAACACAGGAGCUGGGAACAGUUCUUCGGCUUCACUUUUGAUAAUUGAGUGAGUUUGCCACCCCUCCAUUCCUUCCAGCAUGGCUAAGAGUGCAGAAGUGAAAUUGGCGAUCUUUGGUCGGGCUGGUGUGGGCAAGUCAGCUCUUGUUGUGCGCUUCCUGACCAAACGGUUCAUCUGGGAGUACGAUCCAACGCUAGAGUCUACAUAUCGUCACCAAGCUACCAUUGAUGAUGAAGUGGUUUCCAUGGAGAUACUAGAUACAGCUGGUCAGGAGGAUGCUAUUCAGAAAGAAGGACAUGUGCGAUGGGGUGAAGGCUUUGUGCUGGUUUACGACAUCACAGACAGAGGCAGCUUUGAGGAAAUGCUGCCACUAAAGAACUUGUUGGAUGAAGUUAAAAAGCCCAAAAAUGUCACCCUGAUCCUGGUGGGGAACAAAGCAGACUUGGAUCACUCCAGGCAAGUCAGCACAGAGGAAGGUGAAAAGCUGGCCACAGAACUAGCAUGUGCUUUUUAUGAGUGUUCUGCUUGCACUGGAGAGGGCAACAUUAUGGAGGCCUUCUAUGAGCUCUGUCGGGAGGUACGGCGUCGAAAGAUGGUCCAGGGCAAGACUCGGAGACGAAGCUCCACCACCCAUGUCAAGCAGGCAAUUAAUAAGAUGCUUACCAAAAUCAGCAGCUAAAAAGAGCUGUACUAAACCACAUAAGAUUUUAGAGCAUUUUAGCUUGGAGCAGGGAUCAAGCAGGCAGAGCACAUUUAAUUAAAAAUGGUCAAAGCUUUGCAGUGAAAAAAAAAGACAAACAUCACCAUAUUUUUGAAUAACACAGAGUCAUACUAUUUUCCUGUUUUGAAAUGUAUUUAGCCACACUGCUUCUGGUAAUGUGGAAAAAAACCCAAAAACACCAAGGGAAAAAAAAACACCAAAUGAACUCCAAAGGACUAGAUGAUUGUGGGAAUUGGCACCAACAGAAAAUCUUCUGCUUCUACGUGGCUAGUCCAACGUCCUGCAAAUCAGUAGUGCCUAAACAUCAUUUCCAGCCAACCAGCUGCUCAGUGGCCAUUGGCGAGUAAGAUUCAGCCUUCAGUCCAUCAACUACCAUCACAACUAAUGUUCUCCAGGACUGAAUAAGUGUUGAGGCUGCUCUGUUAUAUCAGAAAGUUUACCUGACACCUUUAACUAGCUCUAAGUUGGUGCAUUGUGUGCUUUUACUCCAAACUGUACUUCCUUGUUAUUUUUGUCAAAUCUAUGAGUGCUGAUGUUCUUAGCAAAAAAUGCA